AAUUCGCAAGGCUUUUUUUAUUCAUUAUUAUUCAUAAAUCAUAUUAAUUUCUUAUUCCUUUUGAGCAUUUACUGUCAAGAGAAUUUAUAAAAAUUGUAUACUUUCUAAAGGACUGAAAAUGCAUGGAAGAGUUAAAGUAAGAACAUCGGAAGAGGAAAAAGCCAGGAAAGAGAGGGAGAGGCAGGAAAAACUAAAAUUGUUUAAACAUGCUAUGCAAAAAAUCUUUAAAAACAGAAAACAAGGAAUAUUGGACCAAGAGCAACUUCAGCUCACCGAAAAGGUUUUAAUUGCUAAUCCAGAUAUUUACACCUUAUGGAACAUACGGCGUGACAUUAUCCUUCAUCUGAGCAGAAGUACUGAUUUGAAUGAUGAAGAGUUGACAAAGUUAUAUGAUUCUGAGUUGAGUUUGACUGAAUAUUGUUUGAAAAUCAAUCCAAAGUCAUAUUGUGCUUGGCAUCAACGUGAAUGGAUUCUUAUAACUAGGCCUGACCCCAAUUGGAAAAAAGAACUUGAAUUAUGUGAAAAAUACCUUAAACUAGAUGAACGUAAUUUUCACACAUGGGACUACAGACGCUUUGUAGUUAGUCAGUGCAAGCCACCACUUGAACAAGAGUUUGACUUCACCACUGAGAAAUUGCAUGACAAUUUCUCAAACUAUUCUGCAUGGCACUACAGAAGUAAAAUGCUACUACAAUUACACCCUGACACUGAAGGCGGCAGACCAAUUCAGGAUAGUCAUCACAAACAUGAGCUGAAAAUGGUACAAAGUGCUGCAUUUACAGACCCAGAUGACACCAGUGCAUGGUUCUACCAGAGAUGGUUAUUAGGUGCCGUAAAAACAACACUUCAGCCAGUUGUUUGCACAGUUACGUCUGAUAAGGUCACUGUAGCGUGGAAUAACAGUGUGUCAAGAGAAUGUCUCAACUCAAGAACAAAACUUAUGUUUGGUGACAAUAUUAUAAAUGGUGAAUGGUAUUCCAGCACAGGAUAUGAUAAUGACGAUCUAUGGAUUCUUAAGCACAACCAAGAUAUUACUAGUAACUUAGAUAUGAAGCUGGAGUUUGAAGAUGACAAUAACCAAAUACAAUCUUUAUUUUGUAAAGAGUUUAAUAAAUCUUCAUAUUAUGUAGGAAAAAAUAAUAUCAGCUUCCAAAGCCAAUAUUCAGAUAGUGUAUUGGAAGAGCUUAAAGAGCAAUUGGAUUCAUGUCGGCAACUGCUUGAUUUAGAGCCAGACAAUAAAUGGACUCUUCUUACUUUAACUUUCUUUUUACACUGCAUCGAUGCCACAAAAUAUGACCAAGAAGUACUGAAUAACUUGCACAAAUUAAUACAACAGGACUCCAUGAGAGCUGGAUAUUAUUAUGAUUUAUUGACCAAAUGGAGUAUAGAACAACAACUUACUAAUGAUUAUAAACAAAGUACACUUCUUUUUAAAGUGUCAUGUAAAGACAAAAUCACAGCUUUACCGCACUUACAAUAUAACAGUUUCUGUACUAUUGUAGAUUUGUCCAAUCAAAAUUUAACUUCAAAAGUUUUGGCAAGUCUGACAAAGUUGCAAAAUUGCAAGGAGUUGGAUUUGUCCAAUAAUAAUUUGACAACAUUAAAGGAAUUUCCAUCUCUGCAACUACAGAAAUUAAAUCUUAAAGGAAAUGCUGGUUUGAUGAAGGAAGAAAUUCAAUAUUUUAUGGAAAACAAUAAAUCAGUUGAAAUUUUAUUUUAAAUUAUUAUUUUUUGCUUAAGUUUUUAUUCAAGCACAUGGAAUUAAGGCAGAAAAAAUAUAU